AACGCAAGCUCCCAGGCGCAAAGGAAAACUCCCCGGAUGGCGGCACGGCCAAACAUCCGAUUUCCUACCAGCCAUCCAAGAUUGGACAGAACCAGCUGCCUCAGCCGGACUUUGGCAUGGUCAAGGCACGCCAGGAGCAGCGCAAGCAACGUCAGCGCGACGUCCAGCAAGCAAAUGAUGAGCCCGAAAGCACCGGCCCUAUCAGCAAGGGCUCAGACAAGGGCUCGAGCAAGCGCGAGCGACCAGCUCCGGCCGAAACUCUCCAGAGCAGCUUGGACUCUGAAGAGCCCAUAGAUCUCGACGAUGAUAGCGGGGUGUCCGUCCAGGAUGAAACUCCCCAAGACCAAAUCCAGGACAUCAGAGAUGGUCAUAGCAUUCUCGAUGACGUGCAGGAUGACCGGAAGACAGGCGAGGACUCAAGACAUGCCGUCCUGGACAGCAGGGCCUCUAAUGACCUUGCGCUCAGCGUCCAAGAUAACAGCUUCCAGAGCAGUAGUGCCCAAGUGAUCAACAUUGAUGGCGAUGAUGAGGAUGAUAUCAGCGACAACAACGGUCCAGCCGAUCCUCAGGCUCUCGACGCGCAAGGCGAUCUGAUCCUGCAAAACGAUGCGCCGGCAGACGUCCAGAACGAGGGUACCCACGAAUACAGAGUCACAAACUCUGUCGAGGAAGAUAGUAUCCUGGAAGACAGACCGAGCACGUGCGAAACCCAAGACGACGGCAUCCAAGCCGACAUUCAGGAGCACAGUGCACCAGAGGAAGGCGGUGCGGUCAUUGAUUGCGAUGGUCCAGUUGCCAUCGACUGUGACGAUGCCGACAUCCGGGAUGGGGCCGAGUCCGAUCGCAUGGUCGUUCAGUACACUGUCGAAGCCAAGAACACCGAGCCUUUCGAUGCCGACAACACAGACGAUCCGUCUGAGGAUGUGCAGGUUCUUGACGUGGAGGAUGUAUACAAUCACAAGAGCGAGCAAGUACUUCGAGACCGCUCAUCCGAGGAGCAUGCUCGUCCAUCGAGGGACUCUGCCUCGUCACCAUCGGCCAACUCAGCAAAUGGACACAACCAGCAGUACGGAUCGGCCCAAAUAUCCCCCCGGAGCGUCAGUGACCUAUCCGACGCUGUGAUCGAGAUACCAAGCAUGAGCGAAACUGGCCUGGCAUCGAUGGCCCAGCCACACCAGACCACAAAGUCAUCACGCAGCGACAAAAACAGUCGGAGGAUCGCGCAACCAAAGUCUAAAAUCCACCUGCCGCAACUGAGCAUCCAAGCACUGGAAGAUCGAUCGACGGCCGUGCUGCGUCCCGGUCUUGGUGAGCGCGACCUGGCCGUUGUCGACGACGACAUCGAUCCGAAUCUCCAUUUGCGAAAGCGAGAACGUGACAAGCCCAGCAGCGGUCCCGAGGCCAGAGACGACGAGUUUCCGGACUCGACAGAGAGCAGCGAGCACGAGGCUCGGCGAAUCAAGUCCAAGGUGACGGUCGAUCUGGUCAGCCCGCUCAAGCUCGGCCACUCGCCCGAGCUGCUGUACUCCCCCUUCGUCGCCGGCUGUGCCCAAUCGGCCGCGGCACCGAAGCCCACAGUGGUACAUGCGAGCCGAAUGUCCUUGCCGCCGGUGAUUUCGGAUGCCGCAGACCAGGCCGUCGAAGAUCAUCGGCCCGGUAGCCUCUCGGACUGAAAUACCCGAAUGCAGAACGCGAGAAAGGCUGUCCGUCCUCCUGCUUCCCAGCCGCACGGGUGGAUCUCGACCGCGCGCAACUCUUGUCCGUCCUGUUUUUGGUCGCCUGGUGAGAAGAAUCGCCGUUUGUGGACGCACGAUUCCGAAUACAAUCCGAUCCGGAGACCGCGAGGGGCCGCAGAUGCUGUCGGGGGGGGGUGUUUCGAACUCGGCUCCUGCAUGGCUGCUUGGGCAGCGGCUCUGGGGUCGCCCC